AGAUGCCUGUACAUGUGAAUAUAUCUUGUUGCUAUAGUAACCAUAUGUCAAAACACUACAAAACCUUGCACAGGAUCGAAUUUGUACACGUAUAGCAUGUUUACUUUACACAAUGCCAAAUAUAUAGUAAUCUUGCAUGAAAGCACAAAGGAAUUUGUGUAUAUAUUUGCAUACCAGUUAAGGUGAUAGAAAGUGUAAAAUGAGAUUCAAAAUAUCUGCACAAAACCGUAAUGGUCAUAAACGUUUGGUAACAUGUGUAGCAUGGAGCUCUGCAGAAGAAAUUUAUUCUUGCGGCGAGGAUCAUUUAUUAAUAUCCUGGCACUUAGAAGGUGGAAUUGCACAUUCUAACGUUGUCACUGAAUUUCCUGAUGAUUUUUAUCCUACUGAUAUGCAAUGGCAUCCACGACCGAAUUAUGCGCUGUUAAUUACUAAGAAGCAAUCAUUAGAUGUACUUUUAAUUACCACAGCAGAUGGAAAGUAUCAUUUAGUGAAUAAAAAUGGACGUAUAGAAAAGAGUGUAGAUGCUCAUAAAGGAGCAACUACUGUAGGCAGAUGGAGCAGUGAUGGCUCUGCACUUCUGACUGCUGGUGAAGAUGGUUUGAUAAAAGUUUGGUCACGCAGUGGCAUGCUUCGUUCUGUUGUUGUUAGAGGAACAUUUCCCAUUUUAUCAGCUGCUUGGAGUCCAGAUUGUAUGACAGUAUCAUAUUCUCAGGGUGUUUAUCUAACUUUCCAGUCACUUAAUUCUAAUUCUAAACCUCGCAAGUUAUUAGCACAUGAUGGUCUCAUUUUGGUUUUAUGCUGGAAUCAUACACAUGGAUUAAUAAUCUCUGGUGGAGAAGAUUGUAGAUACAAGGUGUGGGAUCCUAAUGGCACUCAACUGUUCUCUAGUAAUGCAGGAGACCAUCCUAUUACAGCAGUGAGUUGGAGUCACUCUGGAAACUAUUUUGCUGUUGGAUCAUUUAAUACAGUUAAACUUUGUGAUAGAACAGGAUGGUCUCAUUCAUUAGAAAAAGUCAAUUCUGGAAGCAUUUACAGUAUUGCCUGGUCGAGCGAUGGCACUCAAGUCGCUAUGGCUUGCAGCAAUGGAACAGUACUAACAGGUCACAUAAUAGAUAGAAGAUUGGAAUGGAACAACUAUGAAGCUACAUUAGUUAAGAGAAAAGUAAUUGAAAUCAGAGAUGUUGGUAAUGAAAUACGAGAGACACUGGAGAUAUCUGAUCGAGUAGUGCAAUUAGAGUUCGGUUUCGACCAUUUAGUUGUUAUUACACCUGCACAGUGUCACAUUUACUCGGUAACAAACUGGAAUACACCUGCUAUAUUCGAUUUGAAGAAUACUAGUAUAUCAGCGGUGCUUUUAGCGGAGAAGCACUUUUUAUUAGUUGAGUGGAGUAGUGUAUUAUUGUACAGUUAUCAAGGCAGGCUAUUAGGAACUCCAAAAUGGAAGGGAAUGACGCAAGAACGACUUUACCCGUUAUGCAUAUCAUUGUGUUCUGACACUCUAGUUAUAAGAUCACAGAGCAACGAAAAAUUGCUUCAUGUUUUGGAAGUGGCUUAUAAUAAACCUAUAGUAGAAAGUCAACCUUACACGCAUCUUCAAAGUAUUACAAGGGUUGCAUUGAAUCAUGUUGGUGGAUUAGUUGAUCGACAAGUAGCAUUAAUUGAUGCAAAUAAAGAUUUGUUUCUGGUGUCUAUACGUACUACUGGCUUUGGGAGAGUAUGUAAAAUAGCGGCUAUGACACAGGACAUCGCAUGGGCAGCCGAUGCAAAUGUUUUAGCGGCAAUGUUGGACGCAACAUUGUCAGUAUGGCUGUGUCCCAACUGUGUGCACUAUAGUGAUCGUAAAAUUAUACGAAAAACAAGAAUUGAUAAAGAAAGCAGUGAAUUCGGUAAGCAACCAAGUAUAGCAAACGUGUAUAAUGGUAUGGUAAUGGUAAGACGCGGUGAUGGAGCAUUAGUAGCUUCUUCUUUUUAUACUUUCUUCAUUAGUCUUCAGCAGCAUAUUUUAAAUAAGAGAUGGAAAGAAGCAUUGUCCCUCUGUCGAAUUGCUCAGAAUGAAAUAUUAUGGACUUGUAUGGCCGUUAUGGCGACUGAUGACAAAGAAUUAGAUGCUGCUGAAGAAGCAUACGCAGCAAUCUCCAGAUACGAUAAAGUCGAUUAUAUUCAGUACAUUAAGAGUCUACCAAAUAAAACUGAGAGGUUAGCAGAAAUGGCACUGCUGUCAGGGGACUUAUUAACUGCAGAAGGCAUACUUUUACAAAAUGGAUUAAUUGAAGAAGCUAUACGAAUUAAUAUUGAAGUAUACAAUUGGAAUAGAGCAUUAGAAUUAGCAAUCAGACACAAGAAAUAUCAAGAUGAGGUAUUAAAUACAAGAAAGAAGUAUCUUCAAGUUAUUAAAAAGGAAGAGACAAAUCAAAGUUUCCUUGCAUAUAUGGCUAAUGUUGCUAAAUCACAAGUACAUUAAAUUAUUUUAUUUCAAUAUUGCACAGUUUCCAACUUAUGCACUUAAUAUUACAUAUUUUUGUUAACUAGUGAGAAACUGUUUUCACUAGGAAGCUACCAAAAAGCCUACCUACAAACCAGAUGAAAUCGAUUUGCCAGCAGCAGAAAUACAAAAGCAGGAAACCUUGGAUCAAGAAAUGGAUAUGUGAAAGCGAAACACUAGCUACGUUUAUACGAAUUAUUUGUUAAAAUAUGUGAAAUUGAAAUACAACCAACCAGUAUUGCAAAAUGUUUCA